AUGAUUUGGUUCCAAAAAGAAAUAUCUUGCGCCAAUUUUAUUUUUCAUUUCUUUGUAUAGCCGGAAAUGGUAAUCUUGACAUAGCCCAUUUCGUAUGCACGGUUAAAAAUUGACUAAAACCACCGAACCGGUUUUAUUUUACAAUCCCGCCGCCAUCAAUGGCAACAUCGCGGCUCAUUUCCGCCCACCUCCGUCGCUCUCAACUCUCAUUCCUCCGCCCAUUCUUUCUUUCUCCUCCCUCCUCGCCGUACCCUUCUCCGCGAUCUCCGCCCACCUCCAAUCACACUCCCCCCUUCUUCUCUCCCUCAACGACGCCGUUUCGUUACUUCUCCUCUCAGCCAUCCGACACAGACUUCACUCACCAGCUCAACUCAGUUACUGAAUCUGAGCUCCGAAACCUAGGGUUUCUCGACGGUUCUCAGGUUUCCGACGCUAUUAACAGCCUUCUAGAUGAUUCUAUUCUUCCGAUUCGUUAUUUAGUGUCCUUGCUUGAUGGUUUCCAUGACGUCACUGGUCUUCCUUGGUGGAUAGUAAUUGCCUCAUCAACUGUGGCUAUGAGGAUUACAUUAUUUCCGUUGAUACUGUUGCAGCUUCGCAAGUUGAAAAAGAUUGGGGAGGUGUUCCCGAAAUUGCCUCCUCCAUUCCCGCCACCUUUCUCAGGAAGACGUUACGUCGACCAAUUCUCUCAUUUUUCUAGGGAAAGGCGAGCGCUUGGGUGCCCUUCGUUUUUAUGGUUUCUGGCAUCAUUUACAGUCCAGGUCCCAUGCUUCAUCUUGUGGAUGGCUAGUAUCCGGAGAAUGUCAUUGGAUCAGUAUCCAGGAUUUGAUACUGGGGGAAUCUUAUGGUUUCAAAAUCUUUCUGAAGUACCAAGUGGUCUUUAUGGGCCCAUCUUUCCAGUACUCAUAGCUAGUUUGCAUUUUUGUAAUAUCCAGAUUACUUUUAGGUCCUCUUUAGCUGCAGAAGGGAAAGGAACGUUUCAGUUUUUAGCCAAAUUGUACAAGAAGUACUUGGAAUUUCUAACAUUGCCUAUGCUAUUUAUAGGAUUUCAUAUACCCCAGGGAAGUCUUGUCUAUUGGGCGACCAACAGCUCUCUAACCCUCAUUCAGCAACUCUGUCUUCAAAACCCUGCUAUUCGCCAAAAGUGGGGAUUAUCCAACCAGGCUGUAAAUAAGGCUAUUGAACAAGAAAGGAGUGUAAGCGGAUCAGCACUUCCUGAUGCUCCUAAAAAACGUGGACUAGUCUCUGUUUUCGACUUAACACCUCUACAACUUGUUGAUCAAUCAGUUUCCUACUUGAAUGCGGAAAGAAUGGAUAAAGCGCUUCCGCUGCUAAGAGUGGCACUUGACAAAGAUCCAGAGUGUUAUUCAGCUUUGAUUGUAAUGGGACAGAUUAAGCUACAACAGAAUGACUAUGAAGAAGCCGUUGAAUGCUUAGAAUGUGCUAUUUCAAAGAUCUCUCUUGGGAAACCAACUGCUGCUGAGACAGUUGAUCUUCUCAUUCAAGCAUACAUGUUAGCUGGAGCUGCUUAUUAUCGGCAGGGUAAAAUAGCUGAGUCUUUUGCACACUAUGAAAGUUUAAGGGACAUCGAAGUGCCAGAGGAACCUAUUGGAAAGGCUCGUUAUUACGAGGGAAUAAUGUGUUUUGCCAGUUUCUUACUCAAUGAAGGUCGUAAAGAUGAAGCUGCUAAAUAUUUGCGCAUGGCAUGCGCCUUUGAUCCUCAAUAUGAUAUUUACUGGAAAAACUUCGAAAAAUAUAACGAUAAUUUUGUUGGUGAUCUUGCCAACAGCCGGAGAGCUGACUAUUGAGCCUAACCUUAAUAGAAGCAUACAAAAUUUUUUGGUGAACAUUUUCUUCCCUGAUUAGUUUUAUUAUCAUGGGAGCAAUCUCAGCAGUUUUGAACUUGUAUAUAUAUACUUGCAAUUUGCACCCUAAAAUGGGAUUUGGAAAAUACAUGUAAUUUAUUUUUCAGAAAUGUGGUAGGUAGGCACAGAAUGAAAACAGAGGUCUAAAACGAAUAAUGGCAAGAGCAUACAAAACAGAGUUCUUUUGUAUCAAUUAACAAUGCUUGUACUUACAGUGCAACUGUAAUCUAUAUUAAUAUAUUAAAAGGCGUUGAGAAAAAUGUC